AAGACAAGGGUCAAUCAAGUACCCCCACAGACUUCUCUUUCUCUCUCUCUAUAUCUAUCUCUCUGUGUAUAUGUAUGUAUGUUUAUGUGUAAAGAAAGAGAAGAAGAAAGAGAGGGUCGGGAGAUGGGGUUAAUCAAUCUUGCAGAAAUAUCAAGAAUUCAAGAUUGAUUCAAAAAUAUUCUAGGAUUACCCCACAAAUCCACCCACAUGGAACUCAAGGAUUCAAGAAACAAUAAACAGCAAAUCAAUAGCACCACCGCCGCCGCAUCCACCUCUCCUAGUGGUGGCGCCACCACUUCAGCCAACUAUUACCUCACUCCAUCUCAUCAUCUCCUCCAGCGCCUCCACCCCCAGCAACAAUACCAACAUGGACAAUCACCACCUUUCAUUACUAAUUCGUCUGCUGCUGGAGCUACUGGUGGCGCGUCUUCAUCGUCGACGUCGUCGUCGUCCACAGCCACCACUAGUGCUUCUACCUCCUCCACCAUUCAGCCGCCGAACCUUGUGGAUGCCUCUUUAGCCAUCGCAACCGGAUCAGAAACCCUUGUUGAUUCCUCCAAGAGAUCCCAAAACCAGCUUCAAAUUACUGGACAACCACAAGAACAGCAAGUACAGACCCAACAGCCACCAAAAAAGGUGACCAAGGACCGCCACACGAAGGUCGACGGCAGGGGGCGGCGCAUAAGAAUGCCAGCCGUUUGUGCUGCUAGGGUUUUUCAGCUCACCCGAGAAUUAGGUCACAAGUCCGAUGGCGAAACAGUUGAGUGGCUUUUACAGCAAGCCGAGCCUGCAAUCAUAGCUGCCACCGGCACCGGCACAAUUCCAGCUAAUUUUUCCACCCUCAACAUCUCUCUUCGAAGCAGCGGCUCUAUUCUGUCGGCUCCACCUACAAAAUCAGCUCCGCAUUCUUUUCAUGGCGCACUAGGGCUAACACACCACCCUUAUGAAGAGAAUUUUUCACAGAUGUUAGGGUUUCGCCACCAACAGCAGCAGCAGACGCCUCACCUUUUACAAGCAGCGCAAAUUGCAGAAUCUUUAGCUAGCGGAAGCGGCGGGGGACGAGGAGAUGGUGGUGGCGCUGGCGGAGGAGGACAAGAGGCCAACGAGGAUUACUUACAUAAAAGAUAUAGAGAAGAUUUGUUCAAAGAAGAAGGGACUAAUAAUUCCCAAGGAGAAGGCUCAGAUUCACCUUCACACAAGCAAUUCAAGGGGAACAAUCUACAAAUUAUACAAAAAUCUCAAGAAUCUCCGGCCGCCGGACAAUCUCCUCCCAGUCUAAUCCGGCAUACAAACAUGGUGCCCGCCACUGCCAUGUGGGCGGUGGCGCCAGCACCCAGCAGUGUAACCACCGCCGGUGGUGGCGCUUUCUGGAUGCUUCCAUUCACCUCCGGUGGCAACGGCCAGGCGUUAACGGCCACGUCCACUUCCGGGACGGCGGCAGGUCCCUCUGACACCCCUCAAAUGUGGCCAUUUUCGACUGCAGCUUGUGGGAACACACUCCAAACGCCAUUACAGUUCAUGCCGCGGUUUAAUUAUCCAGGGAAUCUUGAAUUUCAAGGAGGGAGAGCGAGUCCAUUACAAUUGGGAUCAAUGUUAAUGCAGCAACAGCAAACGCCAUCUCAGUAUCUUGGAUUAAAUGUAUCGGGGGAGACGAAUUUGGGGAUGCUUGCGGCGCUUAAUGCUUACUCCAGAGGCGGUUUGAAUAUGAAUUCUGAUCGGCAAAGCCAUCAUCCAUUCGAGCAUCAACAGCAGCCUCAAGACACCGAAAGUGGUGAAGAUGGCCAAAAUGCUUCUCAGUAAUGCUAGAAAUAGGAACUGGGAUGAUUAAUUAAUUUCAAGAAAGAAAGGAGAAGAGGAGAAGAGAGAGGUAUCUACUUCUCAUUUUAAGUUAAUUUGUCUUUGAUUUAUGAAAUUUUAUUUUUUUUUGUUUGUUUUUGGUAACAUUGUUAUGAAGAAUUCGAAGUGUAUAAUUUGUUAGUUUGGUCCAAAGGGACGCUAGAGGAAUUAUAAGAGAGAGAUUAAUGUAUAGGAGGAGAUUGGUUCGUAUAAGAACCUAAUUACUGCUUUUGUUUGACGAAAAUGAAAAUGAUGAAGAAAAAAAUGUUCAAAUAUUUUGUUCGA